AUGGGGACGCCCGCCUUUCCCGACCUGGGGAAGCACUGCUCGGUGACGUCAUGCCAGCAGAUCGACUUCCUUCCCUUCACCUGCGACAAGUGUCGCAUGGUCUUCUGUCUGUCGCAUCGCAUGCCGGCGUCGCACGAGUGCCCGCGUGCGACAGUCGGCGACGCUGUGGUGCUGCUGUGUCCGCUGUGCGCCAAGGCCGUGCGACUGGUGGGCGACGAGGACCCGAAUGUGACGUGGGCUCGGCAUGAACGGGUGCCAACUGACGCCGGUUUGCAGCACGGGGUUGCUAGGAAAUGUCCUUUCCCUGCCAACAUUGUCACACCUCAACCCCCCACGUUUCCCUCUCCUCACCUCCACACCACCCUCUUUCCCCCCUGGGUGGCCAACAAGCGCCGGUGUGCAGCGCAGGGCUGCAAGGAGGUGCUCUCGCCCGCCAACACCGUCACCUGCCGCGACUGCUCCCGCCAAACCUGCCUGCGCCACCGCUUCGGCGCCGACCACGCGUGCUCGGGCAGCCAAAAGAACUUGCAGCCCGUUUCGUUCUGGGCAGCUGGUGGGGCGUACAGUGAGAAGCUGAUGGCAGGCGUGCAGGGCGCCAUGGCAGGGCUGAUGGCACCGGCUGGUGGUGCAGCUGGUGCUGGCAGCAGCAGUGGCGUUGGUGGCAGUGGUGCAGGCAAAUCAGCUGGACAAGCGGGGUCAGCUGCAGGCUCACAAUCUAGAGUGGGAUCAGCAGAGCCACAGCAACCAGGUGCAGGGGCAGCCAGGGCUGGGGGAGGGGAUGGUGGUGGGGGGCCAGAGGGGCAGCGGGAAGCAGAAGCGGUGCAGGUCGGGCGGGUGGUGGCCAAGGGCCUGAGCAAUGCCCAAGAUGCGGGAAACGUUUUCCCGACCCUACUGGUGUAUUACUGCUGCCGGCUGUGCCAGAUGCAGGCCUGGCGGAAGCAUCGGCACGUGUGUGGCGCCGCGGCGGCGGCAGCGGCGCGCAUCCAGCGCACGCGCGCGCUGCUCACCCCCUCGCAGUGGCGCGCGCUGGGCGAAUUCGGGGACGCCGUGCGCGCACUCAUCCCCGCACACCUGCUCGUCCCCACGCAACCGGACCUCGUCGCGAGCGCGCUGCUCAAAAUCGCCGCGUACGUGCGCCAACGCCCGCACCUGGUGCAACAACCCAUGGCGGACGCGGUGUGGGCAGCGGCGCUGAGCAUGCGCGGGGAGGGCGCAAGCCCGCGCCUGUACAUGGCGUGGGCGUGGGGGUUCUUGGAAGCCGCGGUUGAGUCCGGUUCCGUGGACGCGUUUCUGGCGGCGCUGCGGAUUGACCCGGCGGUCGGGGGCGCGGCGGACCUUCCGCGCGUGAACCGGUGGAUGAAGCGCGGGCUGUGCCAGGCGCUGCUGAUGCUGAACAAGCGGCAGGAGGUGGGCGCGUUCUUCCGCCACGCGCCCCGCCAACAGCUGCUCUACUUCUAA